AUGACUGAAUAAACAGUUUCUUUAGAAGGUGGUCUUCAAUAUAAAGGAGGAUUACUGAGUGGACUCCCUCACGGUGAAGGGAAAAUGAAUUGGCCUAACGGUGAUAGAUAUGAAGGUCAAUUCAAAUUCGGAAAGAGAAAUGGACUAGGCAAGAGAAUCAAUUAGGAUGGUUCAGAAUAUCAUGGAGAAUACGAAGAUGAUAAACCUUCUGGCAAAGGUAUAUACGUCUGGAAAGAUGGCGAAAGAUACGAAGGAGAAUGGAAAAAUGGUCUAUUUCAUGGAAAAGGUAUUAAAACUCUACCAGAUGGCACAGUCUAUGAUGGAGAAUGGCUCAACGGUAAGCCAAAUGGAAUGGGAAUUUGUAAAUAUCCGGAUAGUUCCAAAUAUACUGGUAACUGGCUUGAUGGUUAACCAUCUGGCUAAGGACUGAAGGUGAUACAAGAUGGGACAAAAUACACAGGAGAUUGGAAAAAUGGUAAAGCACAUGGCAAAGGUGUCAAGUUUUUAACAAACGGAACUGUGUAUGAUGGAUAAUGGGAAGAUGGACAAAUUAUUUUAGGAAAAUGUUCUUACCCUGAUGGAAAAAUAUAUGAAGGAGAAUGGAAAGAAGGAAAACCUCACGGCAAAGGAGUGAAAUUCUGGACUGAUGGAAGGAAAUAUGAUGGAGAAUGGUGCGUUGGAAAACCCUUUGGUAUUGGAAAGAAAGUCUAUCCUGAUGGAAAAUUCAAACUAGGUUAUUGGGAAGGGACUAAAUUUUAUGAAGGAUAACCUCCAAAAGGAAGAGUGUUUUAACUUCCAACAAAGAUUGUGAUGAAGAACAAAAAUGAAAUAAACAAUGACCUUAACCAAAAUCUGUCAUUAUAAUAGAACAAAUAAGAUUACUAAAAUAAAAAUAGUAGAAAUUAUAUUUUAAUAUUGAAAUUUAUAGUUUUAAUCGAGGACAAAUCUCCUAACCAAUUUUCAAAUCAAUCCUUAAACUUAGAAAUCACCAACAUCAAAGCUUUCUAUGUAAAAUUCUCCUAAAGGAUUGAUAACUCCUGCUUUGAUAAAUUAGCUUUGGAUAAAAUGCAAUUUAAUGAUUAAGAAAGUGUUAAUCCUUCUCAAUUUAAACUUAACAAAUCAUAGGAAAGAGUAUCUCCAGUAUAAAAUGAAAGAACAGAAAUGCUACCAUCUAUUGCAUAGAAAAGAGGUUCUUUACCGACAUAAAUCUUAAAGCCUAAGUAUAAACCUGAUUAGAAUCUUAACGACGAUGAUGAUGGAUUUCUACCCUUUCCUGAUGGGUCUAAAUACAAAGGAACUCUUCUUCAUGGCAACCCUGAAGGAGUUGGGCUAAUUAUAUACAAUGAUGGAUCAUAAUAUGAGGGAGAUUGGAAAAAUGGCUUGUCUCAUGGCUAUGGAAUUUUAAUUUUCGUAGAUGGAAGUAAAUAUGAGGGGCUUUGGCAAAAAGGCAAAUACCAUGGUAAAGGCAUUUAUAAAACUUUUAAUGGAGCGAAGUACGAUGGUGAUUGGUAUCAAGGUAAAUAUCAUGGCAUUGGCACAUUCUAGUGGCCUGAUGGAAGUAUUUACAGAGGGGAAUGGAAAAACUGCCGAGAAAAUGGAAAGGGUAAGUUCAAUGGUGUUAACGGGACAGUCUAUGAAGGCGAAUGGCUUGAUGGAAAGUAUCACGGUAAAGGAACACUUCAUACACCUGACGGAAAAGUGCUGCAAGGUAUUUUUAGAACAGGAAAAUUUGUUAGUUGA